CGCUAGAUUACACAACGCGUCGAUCUCCGACUAGACCAUUGCCCGCUCAUUGGCUCAUGCAUAACCUUAUACACUUACAUAUGUGAUGUAGAGUUUACUACAACGUUACCAAGCUGCUUUCUGAACGCGAGCGUCGUCAAUCAACACACUGCGCAAUUCUAUUGGAUCCUCAUGUAUUCGCCACCGGCUCGACUAGCACCAGCAGGCUUUGCACACCUGACCGUGUAUGCCGCCUCGGAUUUCGCGUCCUGUUCUACUUCAGAGCCUGUGGCAAAAAAAAGAACAAUGCUCAAGGGAAUGAGCGCAAGUCCUCGUGCACGUUGCUCCCUACUAAUGUUAAAGCAUGGGGUUACAGGAAUGCCGAGCAACGGCUAUUCGGAUAGUCUGGUUCUAGGUGUGUACCUAGUCCUUCAUAGCCUGUGCAUCCCCAUAGAAUCGUUAAGCAUGGGUGCCGUGUGCCGCAAUCCGUGUGUAUAUCAUCAGACCACCCGUGCAUGAGCGCUCGCAUAAACAACCAUAAACUGCGAUGGUAAGGCUGU